GCCAAUCUGACUGGUUCCAUGCAAAGCUAUCACCAUCCUUCCUAACCUUAACAUGCUGCUUCCAAUGCAUCUCCAACCACCGAUAGCCGGAGCAAAGCAAGUGCCGUUGCCGAGACCGCAAAGCUCCGAUGCGCUUCCUCCCCAAAUGACAUCAGUUCCGUCGCGCAAUCCGCCUUUAUCUUUUGCCUUGGGUAUCGAUUAAUCCAUUGAUUGACGUGGGUUACCCUGCGCACCGAGGCAAUUAUAAACUCGAGAUUUCUUGACGGCUGCUGGGUCAUGUCAUACGGUCCUUAAGCUUCUUCCCAGUCAUGUCCGGACGCACCUUGAUGCCGCUCCUCUCCCGGGGCUCGAUUGCUUCUCCGUCUCGUCAACAUUCGCUCCACACCCUUCUAGCGUGGAGAUGUGGUGCCCCUGCGAGCCGUUCCCGAUCUUUAGUGACACCUCUCGUUCGUCGAUCGAUCUCGACCUCCCUGCCGAAUCUACCUCUCUUCCGCGCCCUCCAGGACCACGAUCAAUCAAACCUGGCGGUGGUUCAUAGCGCGUCUGCUCGAUCGUUCACAUAUGGGAAUUUGGUUGCCGAUGUACUGCAAGCUAAGGAACGGCUGCUUCAGUCUGCUGGAGGUGGAAAAGAUGGGCUGUCUGGAGAGAGGGUCGCGUUUCUGGCUGAGAAUAGCUACGACUACGUAGUGACGCUGCUCUCCAUCCUCGCCAGCGAUGCCAUUGCCCUUCCACUGUCCCCCGCCUUCCCCGUCGGCGAAUUGAAGUAUAUCAUGGAUAACUCGCAGGCCAAGGUGCUUCUUGCGACGGAGAAGUAUGCAGCGAAGGCCCAAGAACUCGUCAAGGCGGGACUGGAUCGGGAGCCUGUCCUAGACAUCAAGGAGAAGAUCAAAGUGGGCGCAAACAACACGGGCUCAGUGUCAUUGGAGGAUAUCGGAGUGGAAUCGCGCGGUGGAAUGAUGCUCUACACAUCCGGCACCACCAACAGACCCAAAGGCGUCCUCAUUCCCCAAUCCGCCCUAACAGCUCAAGCGACCUCCCUCCUUCAAGCCUGGAACUACACCCCGCAAGACCGCCUCCUCCACCUCCUCCCCCUACACCACAUCCACGGCACCGUCAACGCCAUCGUGACGCCCAUCCUGGCCGGCUCCUCCAUCGAAUUCAUGUUCCCCUUCAACACCGACGCCGUGUGGACGCGCCUCGCCGCCCCAUUCCUCCCCCAAACCUCCCCAUCCACAUCACGCAGCAAAAUCACCUUCCUCACAGCCGUGCCCACAAUCUACAACCGCCUCCUAACCUCGUUCCCCAACCUCCCCACACCCACCCAAGAAGCCGCCCGCAAGGCCAUCUCCCCCGAGAACCUCCGCCUCAACAUCUCCGGCUCCGCGGCCCUCCCCACUCCGACAAAAAAGGCCUGGUCGGACCUCAGCAACGGCAACGUCCUCCUCGAACGCUACGGCAUGACCGAAGUCGGUAUGGCCAUCAGCUGCGGGCUCGACUUCACCGACCGCGUCGACGGCAGCGUCGGCUGGCCCCUACCCUCGGUAGAAGCCCGUCUCGUGGACACCGAAACAAAUGAAGUCAUCAACCCGGGCGAAGAGCUCGACACCACCACGGGCCGUGAACGCGAAGGCGAGAUCCAACUCCGCGGCCCCACCAUCUUCAAAGAAUACUGGGCAAACGACAAAGCCACGCAAGAAUCCUUCGUCCCAGAUGAAACAGACCCCAAAAGACCGUGGUUCAAAACCGGCGACGUCGCCGUCCGCAGACCCGUCCCCACCGCCGGCCACGGCACAAGCGGCGAAUGGGCCCAAGGCCCAAUGUACUUUAUCCAGGGUCGUCGAAGCGUCGAUAUCAUCAAGACAGGCGGAGAGAAGGUGAGUGCGUUGGAAGUCGAGAGGGAGUUGCUUUCACUUCCCCAAAUCGCCGAAGCUGCCGUCGUAGGCCUUCCCUCGGAACAAUGGGGCCAAAAGGUCGCCGCGAUCGUGGUCCUCAGACCCGAGUAUAGAACGAGCGGGGGUGGGAAGAAUGGGGAUAAGCCCUGGGGCGCGAUGGAUAUGCGCAGGGCGUUGAAGGAUCGCUUAGCCGGGUAUAAGAUGCCGCAGGAGAUGAAGGUCCUGGAGGGGGUGAUUCCGAGGAAUGCGAUGGGGAAGGUUAAUAAGAAGAUGCUGGUUAAGGAGGUUUUUGGAAUUUAGAUGUGGUAUGUGUGAUAUGGGAUAGAUAGUACGGAGUACAUAUGGAAGAAGGACAGUGUGUAAUCAAAGGGUGAAUAUAGAUGGAUGAGAUUGAAUUGAUUAAGUAUUGG